AUGGCUACUGCGCAAGUAGUACCCGGCGAUGAUUCUUUCAACUAUGGCCUGCACACCUCCAUGGAUGACUCGGCAGAUCCUUUUGUCGACGAUGGCCAGUCACGACAGCCAUUUCACGGCCACCGCUACUCCAGCUUGGUCGACCCCGAGUCCAUAGCGUUGGGCAUCAGCAUGUCCCCUUCUCAAGUCAAACGGAGCCUCAUAGCGCACAUUGCUGAAACCGAGCGACGCUUGCAAGACGCCCAAAAGCUGGGGGAGUCUCUCUUGUUACAGCAGUCGGAACUCAAUGACAAGCUGCGCGAAGUAGAAGAACAACAAGGCGAGGCAGAGAUUACCCCGGAGCUGCGCCAAAGGCUGGCUGAUCUAGAAAAGGAACACAACGAUGUGGGGAAAGAAAUUGCGAGGGCACUUCUUGGGCCAAAGUCCAGAGCUGUCAGCGGAGAAGAAAAACCCGGCAUGGAACAAGCCAUCUACUCCAGCCAGGCGACAGCAUCUCCUUCAAAAGUCAUGGCCCCUAGCCGGCGUCAGCGCAAUCAACCAAGCAAUCGAGGCGAUGAUCUACAAUUUGCGGCCGAUAUCAGUACCUCUUUGCUCGCCCAGGUUCGACAGUUGCAAAGUGCCGUAGCGGAACGAGAUGAGCUCCUGAAAGAGGUCAAGUCCGAACGUGACCGCCUGGAGAAAGAUGCCACUCUUUUCUCACAGCGGCUGCGAGCCUUGGACGAGAGCGAACAAAAAUACAAGGAUGAGAACUGGAACCUUGAAACCCAGACGCAUGAGUUGCUGGCAGCGGCUCGUGAAGCCGCCGACCGCGAAAAACGGCUCACUGCAAGUCUGGCUGCUGCUACCGCCGAGAAAAGCCGGACACAGAGCGAAAUGGACGAAGUGAGAGCAGCUCAUGAAAAGUUGACUGCUGAUCAUGCCGCUGCUAAAAAGGCAUACGAUUCCGAGCUGCACACUCUCAAGCGCACAAUAGAUUUGGGCGACAGUGAAAGGUCAUCGUUACAGCACAAGAUUGACGAGUUGACAUCACAAAAUCAGGAGCUUGCCCGAGCUGUCGCUGCUCGCCUGCGCAGUGCUCAGCCGGAUGCCGUUACUGCGAAUCAAGAGCAGGAGGAGGACCUGAGAGACCUUGAAUCCCUUGAACAUUCGCCACCUCCGUCCCCUACCAAGGCUACUCCAAGGCCAGGGGCUUUGGAAUCCGAGACUCUGCGUAGCUCGUUACAUCAUGCCCAUCGGAUGAUUCAAAACCUCAAGAACAACAUUCAUCGUGAGAAAACCGAAAAAAUUGAGCUCAGACGCAUGCUUCAGGAUGCCCGCGAUGAACUUGAGCAACGACGUGGAGAUGGUUCCCUGGGAAGUGCAAGCAAACGCCAAAAGCCCAAGCCUGAUGCUUUCAAGAAGCCAGUCCGGCCUGAUAUGCUGGGUGGCAGCCGACGGGCGCGGACCGACGUCGAACUCGAAGACGAUGAUUGGGAAGAUCAUGCGAUCGAGACACCGAGUCGUGCAGUCAGUCAAAAACACUUGACCGUGCCGUCUGCUAGUGAAGGUAUUACUGAUGCAAGCGAUGCAUACCAAACUGCGAAUGAGACAGAGAACAAUUUCGAAACCGCGGACGAGAGACAUGCGACAGAGAGCGAGGACUUCCAAACGGGUGCGGAAAGUCUGGCAGGCGACAGUACAGACGACCUUACCGAGACAGAAGAUACUGCCUCGCAUGGUCGACGGACGGGCUAUGCUCGUCGUUCAAGACCCAGCCUCACAUUCAAGCCUGCUGGAGAUCGACAGUCCUUCAUUAGCACUGCCUCAACCUCUGCCGGUGAAGAGGAAGAAGCCCUCAAAACGCCUGUGGUUACCCAAGCUCACAAAUUCCGACUCCGAAACGGACGACAAUCAUUCGCUCGCCAGUCCAGAGUACCAACCGACAGCACACCGACAAAUCUGUACUCAGACAAUCUGUCCCAAGACUCCCCGGCCACGGUCACCAGUGAUCGUAGUCCACCAGCUGCUGAACAGAGUCUUUUCGCAGAGUUGGGUGGCUUUGACGAGACAGCAAGUUUUGGCACUCCGGGAAGAGCCAGCUUAGCUUCUGUCGCUUCUACACCUGGCGUCCUAAUUCAUACGCCAAGUAGACAGCAUGCACAGCAAGAGACGCCAAAGAGCGCCGUCAAGCAAACCAUGGUCGACGCCGCAACGAAUACAGAGCCAUGGGAACCAGAACGAGAUCUGCCCGUUCAGGCUGGCCGCACAGAAGAAACUCUUGACGAAGUACCUUCUCCUUCCUACGAGAGGGCGGAGUCACCAUUACCCUCUGACUUCCCGUUGCCUCCGACCGUGCCAGCCUCACCAGUCAAGCAUAUAGACCACAGCACCCAGUACACACCCCAGCGAGGAUUACAAGAAAGCCCGAUCAGGAACACUGCAUUUAUCACUCCACCCAAAACCGUUUGGGAUGAAGCCCAGAGUGCAGAUGUGAUUCAAUCCGAGGUUGAUGCUGGAACGCACCCGCGAACACCCACAAGAUUCGAGUAUUCGGGUCUUGUAAUGCAUGAUACCUCGCCAGUGUCCCUGGAGGCCCAGCCUCAGCAGGAGCCUCCGCAAGCCGAGCCAUUCACUUUCUCUGCUAUUGAAUCACAAACCACUGAGCCUGUUCAAACUCCGACAAAACCGGCAGCUAGUGUUGUUACGGCCUCGACACAAGUUGACGACCUUCCAGACCGUCCACGAACAGCGGAACGAGUCGCUGGGGCUGGCCUUCUCGCAUCUGCUGCAGCCGCCUUGGGCUUUAGUAAGUCCAAGGAGGCGCCAAUCCCCACAAUUGCAGAAGAUGAGACAAGGGAGCCAGAGCAGAUGGUGAAGGAGCCCCUUUCUGAGGAGGAUGUUCCUCUGAGAGAUGUGUCCGGCAACAGGGGUCAAUCUCUGCGAACACUGGGGUCGGAAGUGCAGAAAGGGGGCCAAGCAGAACGACCGCGUAUCAACCCCAACCAUGACCAAGGCUCUCAGACGCUGCUUACUGCUGCCGAGAUUGACGAGGCUCUUCGCCCCAGGACUGCAGUUCCCAUAGCAGUUCCACCAAGUGCCGAGGCAGCACAGGAUAUCACCAGCCCUCUCAGCCCGUUGACGCCCACGGAAGAGCCUCUGACGAGUGAUGCGAAUGCACUGUUCAUGAACAAACCAGCUCCCGAAUCAACUGGGGCAGUUCCAAUCUUUGCACCACCACCCAUCAAGCGACCGUCAAGCGCGUCAAGCCAGCGAUUAUCGAGCGCAGCGUCGCACCCACCUCUCCCAGCUGAUCACAAAGAGGCCAUCGCUAAGGCCAGCAGCCGGGUAGCAUCUCCCACCAAAGAACUCGGCGGUUCAAGCCAAACAUCAACGGUUAUGGGCCCACCAGCUUUUCCUGCCUCAGCAAUGCGGCGGCCACGCACUCCAGGCGAGUCUGUGCGGUCUGCUACUCGUGACAGUAAUCAACCACGGACGUCCAAUGUCAGUCGUACCCAACGCGGAACGAUCACUUCUCAAAUAUCCCGCCGAUCCUCAGUCUCCUCGUUCGCCUCUGAAAUAGAUGAACGCUUUAACAUGCACCAGGCAGGACAGGUCGCUGCUCAUGGUUUUGGCACUGAUCCGAGGAUUAUUCAAGCCAUCACACAGACCAUGAUUGGUGAAUUCCUGUGGAAAUAUACACGAAAGGCUGGACGAUCUGAAAUGUCCGAGACCCGUCACCGUCGGUAUUUCUGGGUGCAUCCUUACACCAAGACUCUUUACUGGUCGGACCAGGACCCACAAACAGCCGGCAGGACUGAGCUGAAGGCGAAGAGCGUGCUGAUAGAAAGCGUCCAAGUCGUCCCUGAUGACAACCCCAUGCCACCUGGUCUUCAUCGGAAAAGCCUUGAAGUCAUUACCCCUGGCCGACGUGUGAGAUUUACCGCCAGCACCGGCCAAAGGCACGAGACUUGGUUCAAUGCCCUCAACUAUUUACUCCUCCGCGGUGAAGAAAACAACCAGUUUGCUGUUGGUGGAAAUGACAUUACCCGAGACGACCUGGAAGAGUUCAAUGUGCAUGGUGCUGGUUACGGAGCCGCCUUGAUACCGAACCACAGCCGAAUGAGCCUCUCGAGCUACAACUCCCGCACAACACGAGGCUCGCACCGAACUUCGGCCGUCCAGCGCCAACAACUCGCGCCCGGCGCCGUGGUAGCCAGUAGCACCACCCGUGUCCCUCAAGACUCCAUGAUGAGCCGCACUGCGCCAAACUCGACAGUGCGGCAGAGUCGGGCCGAACAGACUCGAGAACAUGACAACGACCGCACCGUUCGCGCUAGCAGCGCGAGUCGCUUUUCGCGUAUGCUGGGGUCAGUGACUGGACGAACGCCCAAAGCAAGUGAGCCCACAGUCAGCACUCCUACACGAGCUAGCGGCGCAAGGAGUGAAGGGGGUAGUAUCUACGACGCCAGUGUGGUUAGUGAUGGGCGGAAAGAUUCUGCUGAGGAGUUGAGGAGGGAGAUGCUGAGGCAGGAGGAGGCUGCGUGGAAUGGAGGGCUAGAGAAUGUGAGGGCUUGUUGUGAUGGCAAACACGAUGUGUCAACCCUAAGUCACAGUCACCGCCACGCUUCGUCAUUAAGUCACGGGCACAGGAAUCUCGGCUUAAGUAUGAGCCUUCGAGGCUCGGUUCGAAGACGAGACCAGUCCAAUACUCCAGGUCGCGCUACCCCUGCGGCGGCAUCAGCAGUGACCGCAACGACCCCGACGAGACAAGCUGCGGCAGCCACGGCGUCAUAG